AUCCAUCCAUCCAUCCAUCCAUCCAUCCGCUCACUCGACACCGUGUAACAACUGCUGCACAAGAUGGCUGAUCGCGAGCAGCGACAGGCGCUGUUGUGGUUCGCAGCAGGGACGGUGGCUGGCGGCGCUGCGCUCGCCCUCGCAUCCCGGUUCCUGUCUGGUGGCAGCAGCACAGCAACAAACGUUGCUGCAUCGCCAGCGACAGCCGCAACAGCCGCAACAUCCAAACCCGCAGCAUCGCAGUUGGACGAGCCGCAGUUUGUGGAGCCUGCACGCACGACGGGGGCUGGUGAGCACGUGUCUGUGGGACGCCACGCGCACCGCGCAGAAAAGCCAGACGAUCCGGCCGUUGUGGCAGAGCAGUUCAGCCGGAACCGCAUGUUCUUCGGCGACGAGAACCAGCAGAAGCUGGAGCAGAGCUUCAUCGUCGUCGUGGGGCUCGGCGGUGUCGGCAGCCACGCAGCACACAUGCUGGCGCGUGCCGGCGUCGGCCGCCUGCGUCUGGUGGACUUUGACAACGUAACCCUGUCCUCCCUGAACCGGCACGCGGUCGCCACGCGCGACGAUGUCGGCCGCCCCAAGGUCGUCGCCUGCGCCGAGCACUUUGCGGACAUUGUGCCCACUUGCGAGGUGGACCCUCGCGUGGAGAUGUUCACCGCCGACGUGGCGGACGAGCUGUUGAGCGGCAGGCCCUGCUUUGUUGUGGACGCCAUCGACGAUGUCAACACCAAGGUUGAUCUGCUGCUUGCCUGCUCCCGCCUUGGCCUGACCGUGCUCAGCGCACUCAGUGCUGGCGCAAAGUCAGACCCCACCCGCCUCCUCAUCGGCGACAUUACAGACCCGAGCCGCGAUCCGCUCGCCGCCAAGCUCCGCUGGGCACUUCGGUCUCGCGUCGUCAACAAGGCCGCAUCCGACGAAGAUAAUGCGCGCGCGUUCCGUGCUGCCGUGGAGCAUAUCCGGGUGAUCUACACCUCUGAGGAGCCCGCCGCCAAGCUCGCCGACCUCACCCCGGAGCAGAUGGACGCUCCAGACGCAUACGGCGCCGUUCCAAACUUCCGCAUCCGCAUCCUGCCUGUCCUCGGCACAAUGCCCGCGCUGGUUGGUGUUGGCGCGGCGUCGUAUGUGCUGUGCGAGCUGGCGGGGAAGCCGUUCAGCCCGCGCAAGAUCGAGAUGGUGUCGCACACGUUUGCACACAAGACGCACAACAGGCUGGUGCGGCACGAAGUGAAGGAGUUUGGCAACAACGGCAAGGACGACGACGCGCUGCCGGUCUCGGACGAGAUUGACUGCACGUUCCUGCUGGAGGAGGUGUGGCGCAUGCGCUCGGCGUUUGCGUUCCAGCGCGACCGAGCAACCACGCGCAACAUCACCUUCACGCGGUUCGACCGGAGCAAGCCCGCGCAGCCAUACAACCUGGUGCUGCUGACAGACCAGGAGAUGCGGUGGCUGGACAGGGAGACGGCCAUCACAGGCACGCUGCCAGCCAUGCUGCUGCAGAACUGCGAGGCGCACGAGGUCGACUACAGCAUCUAUGCCACAGCCGACGACGAUGAUGAUGGUGGUGUUGGUGGUGAUGGGGGUGACGCAGGCGAUGGCCCCAGGACGGAGGCAGAGCACGUCAAUGGAGGCCAUGCACCAAGCAGCGCCUCAAAUACCACGCAACAUACUGAUCAGCAAGACCAACAACAACCGCAACAGCAGCACCCACCGCACCUGCCCAACAAGAAGCUGAAGCAGAAGAAGCAGAUCCACGCGUCGCUGAAGCGUGGUGUGCCCAAGCUGGCCACCCUUAAGCACGUGUACGCCAAGCUCUCGGCCAUGGAGCAGGAGUGGACACGCGCGCUCAAGAAGUGAACUGCGUCGUGUUGUGUGCGAUGGAAGGUGUGAGGGGAUGCGAUGACUGCUUGUGGUGUUUUGUUUGUUGGCGUCCUGAGUCGUGUGCUUUAAUUGAUGGUUGCAAGCAAGUGUGGGUGUCCUUUGUGAACAAUGAUGAAUGAAUGAACAGGCCGGG